AUGAAAUCUUCUCCAAGGAUUAACAAGCACAUAAGUUUUUCAUCGCCUUCCCAUGCUGAUGACACCGAACAUCAUGGAUUAACCCCUACCAUUGGAGAUACUACUGAGCCAAUGAUCCAGGAUGAACAUUCUCCCACGCCAUGUCCUUCUCCUCAAGUUGAUACGUUCCAUCAAAUUGAAACGUUGACUCAGUCAAUAAAUAAAAGAUUGAAUAAAGUUGAAAAGAAUGUGAAUACAAUGAAGAGACUUAUGGCGUUGGAUGGUGAAUAUGAUGAUGAUAUGGUUGUUGAUGACACUCCACCAAACUCUCCAGGUCAUAACCCUCCUCCACCUCCUCCUUCAUCAACAAACCCUCCUCUACCAUCUCCUUCACCAUCACAUCCUCCUCCAAAAACUCCUUCUCCUACUCCUAAGUCUCCUCCCCAAUCUGAUGCUACCAAAAAGGGGGAGAAUUAUCAAGAGGGUCUUCAACCAAUGCAAAUGGUUAUUGUAUCUCAGCCUGAAAUGACUGAAAGGAGUGAAGCUAAAGUUGAUCCUCUGGAGCCAAUUGUUGUUGCUGAUACUCUUGAUAAUGAUGCCGCUUUUGAUCAACCUAUUCCAGACGCUUUUCCAGACGUUGAUGACCAAUAA